CGCCCGCCGCGGCUUUGACGCCAAAGCUCCAGGCAGCAACAUGUGACCGGCGUAAAAAGCUUUCAGGCUCCAAGCCCGUACCCAUCUUGGCUCACGCCGCACUGGCCCAGUCUGUCGCCGCCCCGUCCCGGGCCGCUUGUGCUCCAGCUCGCACGGUGCCCGGGGCCCCUCGCGGUCUCGUUGCGUGCUCGUGGUGCUGCGACAGCGUCGUCGCUGGCCCGCCUAUGACAGCCGAGCUCGAGCCGCAGAUCUGCAACGGGGGCGUACCCCAGAUAGCUGGUGGCGACUCUGGCGGCAUCUUCUUGCCGAUCGGGGGUAAUUGGGAGAGGCAGUGGGGCCAGGAGGUGCAGGCAGUCUUGAUCUUCUUGGGCUUGAUGUACUGUUUCGCUGGGGUUGCGUUCAUCGCAGAUGUCUUCAUGGAGGCAAUCGAGAAGAUCACAUCGAAGAAGGUCCGAGUGAGGGAGGGAGACCAUUUCAGGACGUAUAACGUCUGGAACCCCACGGUUGCCAACUUGACGCUCAUGGCGUUGGGUUCCAGCGCACCAGAGAUCUUGCUGAGCGUCAUCGAGCUGAUAAGCAAUGGUAUGCACAGCGGCGAGCUCGGGCCCUCCACGAUCGUGGGCAGUGCAGCCUUCAACCUGCACGUCAUCAUCGCGGUGUGCGUGGUCUGUAUUCCGGCGGGUGAGGUAAGGUCUAUCAAGGAGUUGCCUGUGUUCAUGAUCACGGCGUCUUUUUCUGUGUUUGCUUACCUUUGGCUGGUAUUCAUCCUUCUUGUGACGUCUCCUCACGUGGUGGAAUGGUGGGAAGGAUUGAUGACAUUUCUAUUUUUCCCAGCUCUUAUUUGGUUUGCGUAUGCUGCAGACGCAGGCAUCUUGCGCAGAAACAGGAGGAGAUCGAGCUCCAAGCUGGUCCUCACCAGGGACUCCACUCCGAGAAGGCACAGAUGGUGAUGGAGAUACGGAGGAAGUACGGCGAGGGCGAGAACGUGUCGGACUUCAUCCAGGAUUAUGAUGAUCUGAUCCAUUACGAGUUCGAUCCCCGGCCGUCCCGGGCGCAGAGGCGCAUGCAGGCCACUCGCGACAUGUUCGGGGGGAAGCCGUUGCCGUUUGCGGCGGUGAAGACUCAGGAGAGUGUCGGCGCAGCAGUCCCUGGUGUGAAGGCACUUGUGCAGAUCGCGCACAAUCAGACCGUACCCUGGGACGAUCCUGUUCCAUGCUGCGUCGAGCAUCGCUGCAUCUUCUACAUGGUCCACGAGUCUGAUAGGAAGGUGGACUGCGUGAUUACGAGGACGGGUGACCUCUCCCGCCCGUGCAGAGUGCACGUCAAGACUGUUGACGGCACCGCGAAGGCUGGGAGCGACUACGUGGCGAUCGACUCGGACAUCACCUUCGACCGCCACGAGGCAAGCAAAACGGUGAGCAUUGUCAUAGUGGAGGACACCGAGUACGAGGAAACGGAGAAUUUCCAGCUCCACCUCUCCGUCCCUCCCGACAGCAGGAGUGCGGUGGGGCUCGCGCGAGAGCGCGGCGACGCUCCAGGAGCCGAUGUGGCGAGUAUAUUGAUCUUUGACAACAAUCAUCCAGGUGUGUUCGGCUUCAAGGACUACGACAUAAGCGUUCGCGAGUCGUGCGACGCCACGACGCCGUUGGCGGUGGAGGUUCACCGCAGCUCGGGGUCUUACGGGAAGGUCUCUUGCAGAUACCGGACGGAGGACAUGACCGCGACCGAGAAGAUUGAUUAUGAGCCGAUCAGUGGCACCCUGGAGUUCGACCAUGGUGAGGCCGUCAAGACGUUGAAGCUCCAGAUCCUGCCGAAAAUCCACCGCGACAAGACGGAGCAGUUCCGCUUGAUCAUCUCGGACGCGACGGGCAAGGCGAAGUUUGACGACAGUGUCGAUGGGAGCAGCACGAGCUGCAUCUGCACCAUCACUAUCCAGCGUGACCAGGAGGCGCGCACAUGGCUCGGACGCCUCGCAGACCUGCAGCCGCUGAACGCCGAUCACUUUGCGCUCGGCAAGGUGAGCUGGCGAGAGCAGUUCCUCGAGCUGAGGAUGGGCGACGAGCCCGCCGGCUUCGUGGACCACGCUCUGCACCUCGCGCUCUUCCCCUGGAAGCUGAUGUGCGCGUGCGUCCCGCCGCCGAUCUUCUGCGGCGGCUGGGUCUGCUUCGCUGCCGCCCUCGUGGUGAUAGGGGUCCUCACCGCGGUGAUCGGGGACCUCGCGGAGAUGCUGGGCUGCGCCCUGCUGCCGAUGCUGCCUCCCCAGAGCGCCAGGAGCAUCACGGCCGUGACCAUCGUUGCGCUCGGGACGUCGCUCCCGGACACCUUUGCCUCCAUGAAAUCGGCGAGCCAGGACAGACUGAUCCCACCGCCGACGCAAGCAUCGGCAACGUCACGGGCAGCAACUCCGUCAAUGUGUUCUUGGGGCUCGGGCUCCCUUGGAUGAUCGGCGCGUUCUACUGGAGGGUGAGGGGUGUGGACGUUAACGAUCCGAGUGACCCGUGGAUGGUCAGGGGUGUGGAGGCUGGUUGGCUGAACGAUCCGGACAUGCAGAUCUUAGAGCGGUAUCCUGCCACGCUCGUGGUGCCAGCUGGGUCACUCGGCACGAGCGUCGCGGUCUUCACAGUGACAGCCGUGCUUACCAUCGGCCUCCUCAUGGCCAGGAGGCUCCUGUGCGGAGGCGAGUUGGGCGGCCAGGGCAGGACGAAGUGGGCCUCGGCUGGUGCGAUGCUGGCUCUGUGGCUGCUCUACGUGGCGUUCUGCAUCGUUCAGGUCGUCUCCGAGGGAGCAGAGUAGCCUCGCUGCGCCCGCCGCUGCUGCAGGCGCGCGCGGCGCCGAGGACGGCUCGGUGCGGCUCCGCUCCGGCAGCGUCUGCAGCCCGCGCGCGCCCCUGCCGUGCCGACCUUCCCCUCUCCUCUCAUCGAUCGUGUGCGUAUGCGGCAGAUGUGAUGUAUCAUGUUCGGCCAGGGCACUCGUCCUUUUUUCAGACGGGCCCUCCAGGUUCCUGGGGUCGUUCUGAUUUGUACAGAUGAAUUCGCUACGGAUGCUACGUUUCGAAGUAAUGCCUGCGUGCCGUACGCGUGCCGCUUUUGUUCAGAGCUGCUCGCUACGAUUGCCUUUGCAGGGCGCUCCGUGGCUGCUGGCGGAUGCCGUGGAGGCAGCAGUGGGCGCCUGCAGGCGCCGUUAUUUAAACAACUCUUCACACAACAUGCUCGCCAAAGCGAGCGGAGAAUUUGCCAAGGUACCAGUAAGCGGUCGGUGACGUGAAACAGAUCUAAACGCCAAGGCCCCCAAGAGCGAACGGUACCAUGAGCCUUCCCGGGCGAGUUUCUGCAGCGCUCUUCUGUCGACACGACACCUGCGUCGAUCGAGUGUUUAAUAUGCGGCCCAUGUAGUACACGAUCUUUCAUGUUCGGCCAGGGCACUCGUUCUUUUCCCACCUGCCUUUCAGGUUCCUCGGUUGGGUCUUUAAUUGCACAGAUGAUUGCGCUACGGAUGCUACGUUUCGAAAUAAUGCUUGCGUGCCGUACGCGUACAGCUUUUCUCUCAGGAUUGGCCGAUACGAGUGCCUUCUGCAAUGCUCUCCAUAUCUGUCGGCGGAUGCCCAGGAGGCAGGAGUGGGCGCCUGCAGGCGCCGCGACACCGCGCCUCGCGGCCCAAUGGCUCCAGCGGCAAAAAUAAUAGCCCCCCUUGACUCCCAGUUUGCCAAGAACGAGCGCUGACGUAAACAACUUUUCGCAGA